AGUGCCCCUGACCUGCAGCUCAAUAGCCAAUCCGGUUGUGGUUGCUAGGGGAAAAUUAUUAAUGAUUGGCCUAUCAACGUCACCAAAUUUAAUGCCCGUGGGGCGCUGGAAAUGUAGCCCCAACUGCUACGUAAAAUGCGUGAAGGUUUAUGAUUGCUAGAGCUACGUAAGGAGCCAGCGAUAGUUUUUUUUCGUAGUGCGACAUCCAGACUCUGUCCUACAGCGGGAGAAAAAAAAAACAUACGGCGACGAGGGAGAGAUGAUGGCGAUGACGAGUGUUCACGAGCAGCUUCCACCAAAUUCGGUGAAAUCAAUAUUAAUGUACCCUUUUGCGAGGCGGACGACGGAGGAAAAACUUCUCGUUAAGGAGCUGGGACCCGACAAGCCUGAAAUUAACAUUUCCCAGCAAACCAAGGAGAAGGAUAAACUGUACAAACGGAGUUUUUGCCGGAGCUGGUUCAACCGUAAGACGUGGCUGACAGGUUGUGGAGAAGCAAAUGCACUUUUCUGUUUCCCCUGUAUCCUCUUCAAAAGUGACAAAUGUGAUUCGACUUGGACAAAGACUGGACUAACUGACUUAAAGCACCUCUCUGAACGGAUCAAGAAGCACGAGAGAUCCAAAGUUCAUAUGGAAAACUGCGUGAAGCUAGCUGUGCUCGGAAAGAUUAGCAUAGCAACGCAGCUAGAUGACGGGCACCGCAUUGCUGUGAGAAGGCACAAUGAAGAGGUAGAUAAAAACCGUAAUAUUUUAUCCAAGAUAAUCAACUGUGUGAAAUUUUGUGGUGCUUUUGAAUUAGCAAUGCGGGGACAUGAUGAAACUGAUUCCUCAGACAACGCCGGGAUAUUCAGAGGUUUAGUCGACUUAAUGGCAUCCAUUGAUUGGGACUUGAGGGAGCACCUUGAAAAUGCGACCGUAUUUAAAGGCACCUCGAAGACAGUUCAGAACGAGCUCCUGGACUGUAUGCUGGCAGUUCUGAGAGAACAGAUCGUAGAUGAAGUGAAGACAGCCAAGUUUUUAGCUAUCCAAGCUGAUGAAACUACUGACAUCUCCACACACUGUCAGCUAGUCCUGGUACUAAGGUACAUUGAUGGACGCAACAAUAUACAGGAGCGGUUCUAUGAAUUCAUCAAGCUACCCAACAGCUGUGCGGAUUCAAUAGCCGGUGCCUUAUUGGAGAGGCUGCACAGCAUCCUUCCCGAGGGACAAGAAAAAAAGUUGAUCGCCCAGGCAUAUGAUGGGGCUGCGGUAAUGAGGGGUGCCACUGGAGGAGUGCAGCGAAAGGUACAGGACAUCUACGCAAACGCUCACUACAUUCACUGUUAUGCCCAUCAGUUAAACCUGGUAAUGCAGCAGGCAACCUCCCACAUCCCUCAGAUCAGUCACUUUUUUACUGACAUGGGGGGAUUUGCUUCUUUUUUCUCAAAAUCGAGCAAGAGAACUGCAGUGCUAGAUGAGAUGGUGGCGCACCGACUUCCAAGUGCAUCGUCAACACGUUGGAACUUCAACAGUCGUGCAGUCAACACAGUCUAUGAGCACAAGAAUGAUCUGGUGAAGUGUUUUCAGACCAUCCGGAACAGUGAAGCAUUUGAUGGCCCUACGAAGAGAGAGGCUGGAGGCUAUGUGAGAAUGCUGGAAGAUGAAGCUUUCUGUUUUUUCCUAGCCUUGUUCCAUAAGAUCAUGCCACAGGUGGACAUGCUGUAUAAUCAGCUCCAGAAGAGAAACAUCGAUGCUGUCUACAUCGCAGGAAUCACCCAGACAUUCAUGAACCGCAUGCAGGCUAUCAGGGAAGCUGUUCCUAAUCUGGCUGAGGAUGAGGAGUACAGGGGACCUGUUCAGGAGCCACCCGCAAAGAAACAGAGAACAUUGGGAGAAGACACGCAGCACCAUUUGGCACUGGAGGUAUGUGACACCAUCAUGAGCCAUGCCAAGGAGAGGUUUUCUUUCACCAAGCACCUCAUCAGCGCCACUCUCUUGCAAGGAGACUUGUUCCAACAACACAGCAGAAAGUUCCCAGAUUCAGCACUGGAGACCACAGUGGAAGCCUAUCCCUCUUUGGACAAGGCCAGACUUAAAACAGAACUGUCCCUGAUCUACGAGAAUGAGGAGUUCCGGAGUUGCAAAGGUGCACUGGCUCUCUAUCAGGUUUUGAUGGAAAACAACCUUGGAGAAACAUUCACUGAAACUGUAAGUCUCCUCAACAUCAUCAUCACAACACCAAUGACAACAUCAGAGUCUGAGAUGUGCUUCUCUACAUUAAAGAGGGUAAAAACUUUCCUUAGGAACACUAUGUCACAAGAUCGGCUCAACGCUCUGGCUAUGCUCUCAGUCGAGACGAAAAUGACAAAAGACAUUCCUGAUUUCAACACCAGGGUCAUUGAAAAAUUUGCCUCUCAAAAAGAAAGACGAGCGAAAUUCUUGUAUAAAUAAAGCCGAGAGAGAGAGACAAACACAUGCACAUGCAGAAAAAGAGACACACAGAGGAACCGAGAGGAACAGAGAGGAACAGACACACACAGAGACACACAGAGGAACAGAGACACACAGAGGAACACAGAAGAACAGAGAGGAACAGACACACAGAGGAACAGAGAGGAACAGAGACACACAGAGGAACAGAGACACACAGAGUAACACAGAAGAACAGAGAGGAACAGACACACAGAGGAACAGAGACACACAGAAACAGACACACACAGAGGAACAGACACAGACACACAGAGGAACAGAGAGGAACAGACACACAGAGGAACAGAGAGGAACAGACACACACAGAGGAACAGACACACAGACACACACAGAGGAACAGAGAGGAACAGAGACACACAGAGGAACACAGAGGAACAGAGAGGAACAGACACACACAGAGGAACAGACACAGACACACAGAGGAACAGAGAGGAACAGACACACACAGAGGAACAGAGAGGAACAGACACACAGAGGAACAGACACACAGACACACACAGAGGAACAGAGAGGAACAGAGGAACAGAGAGGAACAGAGAGGAACAGACACACACAGAGGAACAGACACACAGACACACACAGGGGAACAGAGAGGAACAGAGACACACAGAGGAACAGAGAGGAACAGAGACACACAGAGGAACAGAGAGGAACAGAGAGGAACAGAGACACACAGAGGAACAGAGAGGAACAGAGAAACAGAGACACACAGACACACAAAGAGGAACAGAGAGGAACAGACACAGAAGAACAGACACACACAGAGGAACAGACACACACAGAGUCUUUUAAGUUUAUUUUACAUUCAAUAGGCAAUAUAUAAUAAUAAUAUAGUUGUGGAGACUGCUUUGUUGUUUCUCUCAGGCUGUGACAUGCAAUGACAAAUUUAACUGGUUCUAUGGCUUCUAUGAUGCUGUUUUCUACAAGUAAUUGUUGCAUUUUUUCUGAUUAGAGAGGGUAUUAAAAUCAUCUGUUUAUGUUUAAUUUUUGAAAAUAACUUGGUUCUCAGUUCUUUGUAUAUGUUACAUUUUAAUAGGAAAUGUUCUGUUUCAUUCUCUCUUCAUAUAACUCAAGCCACACUCACCUUAGACACUCCCCCUCACUCACUCACUCACUCACUCACUCACAGUUGAUUUGUAUAGAUUCAGCUGAAAUCAUACCCUUGUUGUGAAUUCAUUCCUUGAUUGUAUAGUAUUUAAUUGCAUAAAGUCUAAUAUAGCUGUAUUUG